AUGCGUGCCUUCUCUAUUCUCUCUAUUGCUCUUGCCCUCUUUGCUUCUGCCAAUGCUGCUGCUGUUGACAAGCGUGCCAUCUCUUCUAAUGUUCAAACCUGUGUCAACGACAUUACUGCUGCCGGUACUCAACUUACCGCUGUCAAAUCUGAUGUUGCUGGCUUCACCAGUGCUGCUGGUUACAGUGGUGCCCUUGCUAUCCACACCAAGGAACAGGCCCUUGAAAAUCUUUUGAAGACUGCCACUACCAGCUGUUGUGUUCAAAAGACCACUGUCACUGAUGAAGAAGCUGCUGCUGUCCUUAAUGUCAUCUCUACCUUGGUUCCCAACAUUGAAACCACCUUGUCUUCCCUUGUCAGCAAGAAGUCUCAAUUCGAUACUAUCUUGUUGGCUACCACUCUUGUCAAGACUGACAUUAAGAACUUGAAGACCCAAACUAGUGCUUUGGACACCUGUUUGGUUGCUGUCACUCCCUCUGCUUACACUACUGAUGCUAAUGGUUAUGUCACCAGAGUCAAUGCCGCUUUUACUUCUGCUAGCACUGCUUAUGGUAUCUAA